CCACCCUCCGAACUUGCUAUUUUGGGGAAGACACAAUCCUCUCUCUUUCCCCUUCUCUCUCUAUAUAUUCAUUUCCACUCAUUCUUCCACUCUCACACCUCUCCCACUUCAAACUUUCUCUCUCUAGAUUUCUUCAUCUGUUUUCUCUCUCUAUACUCCAUUUCUAAACAAUAUAGCUUCAGCUUGCUUACUCUCUACUGUUUCUCUCUCUACAUUUGACAUCGGAGAGAACUUUGACGAUGGGGACUCACCAAGAAAUCUCAGCUCUCGAAUACAUCAGACAACACCUCCUCGGCGAAUUAUCUCCUGUAGUCGAGAGUUCGAGCUUCGAAGAAGUUAAUUCCAGUAAUCUAUUCGAAUUUAUCCCCAAUUCCACCACUUCCGACCAAAUUCAAAAUGAUUUCUUUGAAUUCGAAUCAAAACCUCAAAUAAUCGACCUCACGAGCCCAAAGUCGUUGAAUUUGGACUGUCGAUCGAAUUCUGAGCGGAGAUUCAACGACCGCAGGCCUUCGUUGAAGAUCGAUGUGGCUCCGGUGAAGAAACUUGAAGUUUUGGAAUUAGCCGAGUCGACUCAGCCAUCGACGCUACCUUUGGAUACAGAGGAGGAGAGAGUACACUACAGAGGGGUCCGGCGAAGGCCGUGGGGCAAGUACGCGGCCGAGAUCCGAGAUCCGAACAAGCGCGGGUCUAGGGUUUGGCUCGGCACAUUUGACACCGCCAUUGAAGCCGCCAAAGCGUACGACAGAGCUGCAUUCAAGCUGCGUGGAAGCAAAUCUAUUCUCAACUUUCCACUAGAGGUCGGAGGGAAGUCGUAUGACACAGUCGCCGCCGUGAACGGCGGCCGGAAAAAAAAGAGAGACGUGGAGGCAGAGGCGGAGCAAAAGCCGUUGAAGAAGGAACGGUUACCGGAAUCUGACAAUCUUCAUCCGUUAACGCCGUCUUCUAUUUGGACGGUCUUCUGGGAUGAAAAUGUCAACGGUAGCCUUACCGUCCCUCUCUUAUGGCCGUUAUCUCCCCACCCGCCGUUUGGUUAUCCUCAGCUUAUGGUCAUAUGAACAUCUUAAAUAUGGAGUGUAUAGGCCAUAAGAUACUGGUUUUAAAAAAAAUGGAGAUAUUAUAUGUUGAUUCAAUUUAUUUAUUUAUUUAUCAUAUACGUACUAUUAAACUGGGUGAUCUCUU